AUGAGUCGUUUUAGAUCAAAACUGAACCAUGGCAUAAGCGCCCUCGCAGAUGACACGAAAAGUUCAUCUGUAUAUGAGCUUUGCAGAACCAUAUUAGUCACUGACCUUCUCCAUGCUGAAAACUUUUCCACUUGGUCUGGUUUACUCCAACGUGCUCUUCGCACAAAGAACAAGAUCAGUUUUCUCAAUGGAACACUCAGCCAACCUUCAAACCCGACAGAACCUCUCUUCGACCUCUGGGACAGAUGCAACGAUAUUGUUGUAUCUUGGAUCCAGAUUUCUAUAAGCCUUCCCCUACAUUCUUCAGUAGCCUUUGUUGACAAUGCCCAUGAUAUAUGGACUGAGUUACAAGAACGUUUCUCCCCACAAAAUGGACCACAAAUCUAUGAACUCAAGAAGCCCUUGGCUAAUCUGUCUCAGGAAGAUGAUACCACGAAUGGCUAUUACGGCAAACUCAAGUCCCUUUGGGAUGAACUAUCCAUCCAUGACCCACUACCUGUUUGUUCUUGUGGCUCAACCAAAACCCUCUCUGACCGCUACCAACGCGAUUGCGUGAUUCAAUUCCUAAUGGGUCUCAACGAUUCCUACUCCAACGUACGUGACCAUAUAAUGCUCCUCGACCCAUUACCUCUAGUCACCAAGGUAUUCUCAUACAUCCAGCAACAAGAACGACAUCAGAUGGUUACUUCCUCAACUCCCCAUCCAGAUUCUAUUGCUCUGGCCACACCAUGGAACAUUGCUAGCUGCAAGCUCCAUGGGUACCCUCCAGGGCAUAAAAUGCACAAACCACGCAGGAAUGUCGUGUCCUUUGAUUCCCCUGUUUCUGGCAAUCAAACCGAUUCCAAUAGUUUUUUGACGAAGGAUCAGUACAAAGAUCUCAUAGCCUUGUUACACAGUAAGGAUUCUAAUUGCUCACCAUCUGUGAAUCAUCUCCAGACGGUUAUCUCUACUCACCCUCACUCCUCUUCCACUGCUGGGCCUUUCUCUUUGGAUAACGAUUGGGAAGGAUAG